CCCACAUCAGCUGUGCCGCCUUGCUCUUCAGGCACCCGACUGCCGAACGUUCGCGGUGUCAAUCGUUCAAUUCCACUUUCGCAAUCGCCAUUGCAACCAGGGCAUCGCGUCUUUGAGGCGCGCCGAGGGACAACCUCAACGUACAAGUAAACAAAACGAGACACAAAUGGCCACAACAACAGAUACCGAGCUCCUAACAGAGCACUUUGGCUAUCCCCCAGUCAGCUUACUUGACGACAUAAUCAACAGCAUCAACAUCCUCGCCGAGCGCGCCCUCAACAGCGUCGAACAAGGCCUCCUCAAUGCGCCCCCCGCCUCUCUCGGUUUUCGCCCACCUACCCAUGCUUCCACCACCAAACCGGGCAAGAAGCCCAAAAAGGGCGAAGAGGGUCUUCCCAACGCCGAGGAAGCCCAUCGACACGAGAUCGAAAACGGCACACACCAGCUCGAAACCUUACUCUGCGCCAGCAUCGACCGUAACUUUGACAAGUUCGAAAUCUACGUUAUGCGCAAUAUCUUGUGCGUGAGGCCGGAAGACCGCGAUUGGAUACGGUUGGGGCAUUACGAGGGGUUGGAUUUCUCCUCCCCCCAGAAAGAAGAAGACGAACGACCAACACUCGAAACCGUCACCCGCCUCCGUAGACGUUUGCAAGCAUCGCAGAAGCUCAACGUCAUGCUUCACGCCGAAAAGGCUCGCAAUGCCGCGUUGCUGUCUGAAGUCCGUCGUCUCAUCGGCUCUCCCAAACAAGUCAAAUCCGAGCGUUCCCAACCACCAUCAGCACAAACUCAAAACGGCAACGACAACAACACCGACACAGAAAUGACCGACGCCCCUCUUCUUUCCUCUACCACAAUCCCAACAACAGACAGCACAAGCACAAGCAAACCCCCCUUUGGCUUCCUGACUCAAACCUCCCUCCUCUCCACCUCGGACGCCUCCACCCCCCUUACCACCACCACGGCAUUCACUCUCUCCCAACUCGACGCUCUCCGCUCGCUCUCCACCUCUCUCCGCUCGCUCCUCCCUGCUCUUUCCCAACCAGUGGCAGCAACAACACCAGAACCAGCAUCAACACCCGAACCAGAAAACGACAAGAUAAAGAAACCCUGGCGUCUGCAGAGACUAGAGUACAUCGAGACUGCCACGCGGAAACAUCUCGAGCAAGUUCGGGGUCUGGAGCUGGGAGUCAACGGGGAGCUGAGGGAUGGAGGGCUCCGGGGGAGGAACAGUCGACUACAGGGGAUUUGAUGGUGGUGGUGGAGAAUGGUGGUGAUGGUGAUGGUGAUGGUGAUGGGGCGAGGAGGA